UCUCGACCGCCCCACCGAGCGGACCACGGCGCACCCCUGCAGCCACGCAAAACUAUCGAACUCAAAACUUUUUUAUAUAAGAGUUUAAAAAAAGAACGAAAUACUACUUUUAAAUAUAAAAUUAAAAUAACAAAUAGUUCGGUUAAUUUUUGAAAAUUGUUGAAUCUUGUUGUGUUCUAAGGGGUGUCCGGCUGAGUCAGAGGAGCAGGCUAAAGAUACAUUGUUUACAAAAGAACAUGAGAAAAUGAAGCUUAUCAACGCAGAAAAGUAAAUAUGGAAGCGGCUUUACCACACUUUCAUCGAGUUUCCUCUUCAAGGUUCUAUCAGCAGUAUGCCUUACCACCAGUCCGCAUAUCCAGUAAUUACCUUCAUGAACUUAUCCCACAGCAGCAUCCGACGCUCCUUCAACAAUACUUAGCCUAUUACAAUGACCCGGUAGUUCCACUCGACUUAUCGUUGAAAUCGACCACUCCAAUAACCCCGCCUUGCACACCACCACCACGCAAAAGAAAAAGCAAUGACGAAGGCAAAACAGAAAAGUCACCGAAAAUAUUCAGACAUUUCGAAGACAAUGACACUAAAGAAGAAAUUGAAAACAAACCGGAACAAAAGAAAACAAUUGACGACGAAAACUCAAACGACAGCGAAAGUCCAGAGGCGAAAAAACUAAAGUUUACCAAACAAUUUUUCGAAGAACUUAAGUCUUGUUUGCCGAAAGAACCAGAAACACCGUCGAAAAGUGAAACCAGUUCUCCUGAUAUCGUCGAAAUAAAGGACGUUGAGGAGCGUCCAAAAAAUCGCCGAAAGUUACUCCAAAUACCCCUGAAGAAAAGUAAAGCUGUUAGACGAUUGAUGUUUGAUGAAGAUAAAACAUCGCCUGUAUCUGGAACAAUUAUACGGGACUUGGCUGAAGACGAGACGCUGGUGGUCCGUAAGGGAGAUAUAGAUCCGGCGUUCAAUGUUGUGGAAGUUACGGAAGAAGCGAAGGCUUUGAUAGCUAAUAUAGAGAAUCGGCUGGGUCGGUACAUAUGCAGGCUAUGUCGGCGGCUGUACGGGGAUGCGUUCGCUUUAGCGCAGCACCGGUGUUCGCGGAUAGUUCACAUCGAGUACCGAUGCCCUGAGUGCGAUAAGGUAUUCAACUGUCCGGCAAACUUAGCAUCUCAUCGCCGCUGGCACAAACCCCGCGUGCCUGGCGCCACUAAGCGACGUGAUCCACCCGCUGCAGAGGCUGGUCGAUUCCCUUGCCAGAGGUGUGGGAAGCUGUUCCGAAGACAAGCCUAUCUUAGGAAGCAUUUACUGGCCCACGACCAACCCGAAGAGCCUGAGAAAGAACCAUCUGCUUUCCGCCAGGUUCAUACUGAAUACCCUGCGUAUCCAACGGAAACACUACGUGACAAUAGCCUAAACUUCUGGAGCAAGAUUCCGCCUCCGCAACAAGAGCUUAAUUGGGACUAUGUACGGCCCCGAUGCGCAUCAUCCUGCUCCUCUGAGGAUUCUCGAAGUCUCGACGUCACGGGAUCAGAGGACGAGGGAGGCGGGAUCGGCGACGGCUGACGUCGAGUACUGCGGCCUGUGCCGCGGUUCCCGUCUUACGCGCCGGUCUCAAAUU